AUGGAGAAGCGCGGGCCGACCACAGGGACGCUGCUGCCCCGGGUCCUGUUGGCCCUGGUGGUGGCCCUGGCGGACCGAGGGGCCGCCGCACCCAAUGGCACGAGGCACUCCGAAUUGGGGCACGGCUGGGACGGCUUGGUGGCCCGCUCGCUGGCACGCCUGCCAGUGGUUGCGCAGCCCCCGCAGGCGGCGGUCCGCAGCGGCGCAGGGGACUACCUGCUGGGUCUCAAAAGGCUGCGGCGGCUCUACUGCAACGUGGGCAUCGGAUUCCACCUGCAGGUGCUGCCCGACGGCCGCAUCGGCGGUGUGCACGCGGACACGAGGGACAGCCUUCUGGAGCUCUCUCCGGUGCAGCGGGGUGUGGUGAGCAUCUUCGGAGUGGCCAGCCGGUUCUUCGUGGCCAUGAGCAGCAGGGGCAAGCUCUUCGGUGUGCCUUUCUUUACGGACGAGUGUAAAUUCAAAGAAAUACUUCUGCCCAACAACUACAAUGCUUACGAAUCCUACGCGUAUCCCGGCAUGUUCAUGGCCCUCAGUAAGAACGGGCGGACCAAGAAGGGGAACCGAGUGUCGCCCACCAUGAAGGUAACCCACUUCCUUCCUAGACUGUGA